AUGGGAGGAAUAUGCAAUUGUGAUGCAAAGACAUCCAACAACUAAUACAACAACUUCACGUUUAGUUAAAUGAGAGAUCCAAGAUUAUCUGAUUUACUCACUCAUUUAAAGAUACUAGAUUCUAAACUUAACUCCGGUCUGACAACUAUUGAGGAUUUUGAGUAGCUACUCAUAGAAACGAAGAAAGAAUCGGUCACAAAUAAGGACAUACAGAUGACUAUACAAGCUAUUGAGCAAGCUUUAACGGAGUAAUAAACAAUCUUUAAGUAAAUAUAACAAACGAAAAUCCAGGCAAAAAUUAGAUUGGAAUAAGCUGACAUUAUACUAUCAUAAAAGCUGUAGAGAGGAAAGAAUACAGAUGUAUCUCGAGAUAAUAUCUAUUCCACGAAUAACAAUCUUACCCCGAUUGGCAAAUAUCAUCAUUAGUCGACUGGAUCUUCCUCAGACUUAGAUCGUUCCUAAGAUGCUAAGAACUUAAUUGACGGCAUCUAUAGAACAAUAACAGACAUUGUAAAACAACUAAGAAGAGCAGAGGAAGAAGCAUAGGUUUAGAUGCUGAAAUGGGAGAACUUUGUAAUUCAGCAUGAAAAAAUGUAGAAACUUCGAGAAGACAUUCAGGAGUCAUUCAAACAACAAAAUAUAAAGAUUGGAGAAGUUAAAAGUAGAGAUUAAUCUCUAAAGGAGUUAAUAAUCUUUUUCUAGAGGAUAUGCCUAGUUAUAGAAAACACUUAGAACGAUUCUAAUUUCUCUAAUAUAAAUAGCUCACUGAAUAAUGACGAUAAUAGCUUUGAUCUCGGAAGGUAAAGCAGCAGUAUAUUCCAUGAUUCUUUUGAGGACUAGGAAAAGGAUGAUGAAUUUCAGGAGAUACUUGAGCUGAAAGAGAAAAUAUCAAGCUAUUUGGAAAAGCUGGAAGCAAUUGAGAAAUCUUUCGAGAAAUAUCAACUUAAAUUGCAAGUAUUUAAGCAAAAAAGAGAGGAAAUUAAUGAUUAUGACAUUUAUGAGCUUGACAGCUUCUACAAAGAGUCGUAAGACUAAAUCAAUAAGAUUGAUAUAAUACAACAUAAGAUUAAUGAUAUGGCUGGCAACCUAAAAAACAAAUAUGGAAACGGAUACACAUUGGUAGAUAUUUGCGAAUAAGUAUUUUAACGCAAAAUAGAAGUAAAGAGUACACUGAAAAUGGUAAUCAGUAGUCAAAAGCUUUGUGAAAAACUAUUAGCAAACUAAAUUAAGUCUAAGUCAGAUUAAUAAAAUGGGGGAGUCAGCCAGCUUUAAGGUGUCUAGAGGUGUCUAAUUCAACUCAAAAAAAUAGAGGAAAAAUUAGAAAUAAAUAGUAAAAAGCUCCAGAGGAUAGAAUAACUAGAGGAGAUAAAGCUGAAUGAUAUUGACCAAAUAGAAGUAUUAAUGAUUUAAUUAAUUCAGAUUCAAAAGGAAAAUAAUGAGGCACAUAAAAAUCUAUUCGAUGAAAAUGGUUUUGUGCAAAAGCUUUAUGUUUUAAAGGGAGGACUUGGCUGGAGAAUUGACGUUACCUCUCUUGGCUAGAGAUAAUCUAAGAAAAUUGAUAAAAUUAAGAAAAAAUUGGUGAAUUUGAUUACUACUUUGGACGAAUCUAAUAAGGCUUAACUCUCAGUUGUUAACCACACCUUAAUAGAUGAGUAAGUUCGUUACCAUAAUGAAGAUAAAUAAUAAGUUAAAAUUAAUGUUUUGAGAGAAAAAUCAAAGAUUCUACUAGAACAAAUAGGUGAAAUAGAAACAAACAUUGAUAGGUGGUUAGAUUAAUAAAAAGUAGGAGAUAUGAUUGUUAUAUAGGGCAAUGAACUAGAUGAGUAAGAGUGGUAGGUGCAAGAAUAUAUCAAUAUACUAUCAUAGGUCUCCAAUCUAAAGUAUAUCUUCUAAAAACUAGAAAUGAAUAUCUAAAAAAGUCAAAGAAAAGUUCUAUAAUAAGAAAUUUAUUAAAUCCUGAGUACAUCUAAGAGUAAUAUUUAACAAUUAUAAGGGGUCAGUGAGGCAAUUUAAGAGUAAAGUAAAAAAGUUGAAGAUUAAAUAGGCAGAUGGUAAUAGUUAUUGAUGGCUUAUUAAGACAUUUAACCUCAUGGAACAAUUCCAUCAUCCUCAUCGAAUGAUAACAUCAGAUUAAGUUUCAAGAAUGCAUUGGCGGGCAAUUUAAGUGGAAGCCCUCUAGAGAUAAAUAAUAAUGAUAAGUAAUCUGAGGACAAAGAGGCAUAGUUUAAUCGACUAAUGAGUAAUUAUAAUGCUUCUUAGCAGACAUAGAAAGCACUAGAAUAAUCAUACAAGAAUUUGUAUCAAGAUAUAAUCCACAAGUUUUAAGAGUCUGUUUUGCAAUAUUCUAGAAUCUUUGAGAGUGAGGAGGAAUCAUCUUAAUUGGUUUAAAAAUGCCAGCUAAUAGAUUAGAAAAUAGCUAACACUAUGAAGCAAGUAAAAAUGAUAAACCAAGAGUUAAAUGAAAUCUAUAUUCACUUUAAGCACUAAGAGGGUGGUUCUAAAAGUAUGGUGGCAACUAAUACUGGUGGUUUUAAGAUAAAAGCAGACAGUAUUAUGAGUUUCAAUGGAAUUCCAUUCACAAGAUAGUAUAGCAUUGGUCCUGACAAUAAUCCAGGUGCAAACAAUGGAUUUAAGAAAGAAAAUGAAGCUUAAUAAAAACUAUUAUUGGAACAGAGUUUGAGUUAAAUGGAUGAUCAAUCAAACUAAUCUAUGGUAACUGCUAGAUUGGCUAUGGAUGAAGUAGACUAAGCUUUAUAUAAGUGUGUUGAGGAACAGAAAUGUUUUAGGAACAUUAGAAUAUAAAAGCUUCGCGAUGGAGUAUACUAAGUUGAGAAAAGAGAAUACAAAUUUAAAUUAUUGCAGGGAGGAAAUUUAGCUAUCAGGAUGUUUGCAGGAUAUAUAUUCACAGAUUGCCUAGUACAUUUUGAUGAAGAAUUUCUUCAUCUCGUUUUAUCUUGA